AUGCAUCUUAACAAGUACUUUGUCAUCCUGCUCGCGCUUGUCGCUAACAUGGCGGCGGCGGUGCCCCUGCCUAAAGACAUCAUCACGGAACCCUACAAGGACGGGGACGAUGACAAGGACAAGGACAAGUGCAAGGAAGCUAACUUCCCGACUUUGGCUAAGGGACGUGUCAGCACGUGCUUCUUCUAG